CAAGGAGGAAGGAUGCAUUCUGCUGGCUCUAGCUGAGGAGCACCCAGGAACCUGGCCUGAGGGAGCAGGAGAUGCCAGAGCCCAGGAGUUACACAUUUGCACAGCAUGUUGCAAAAGGGAGGAUUUCCAGAUGGUUUUGUUCACUAGGUUUUGUCCCCGUUUCUGAGCUGAUGAGGUGAGGGACAAUACAGUACAGAAGCAGGCAGUUUGAUGAGGAGGAGUCGGGAAACAAGAAUGAAUGAUCAGAUGCUGCUGCUACUGCAUCCAUAUUUGGUGACCUGCACCCUCUAAACCAUGCCAAUUCUCUGGAACAAUUUGUCUGAAUAAGAUUUAAGCAUCUAACAUCUCUGAAGAAUGAAUGAAAUCCAGCCUUCCUGUUGGAAUAGCACACCUGUCUUGUUCAACAGAUCCUGGAGUGGAGGGCAUUACUACCAAGUGAUCAGUGCAGCAGAAACAAUCAUCCUUCCCUCUCUAAUUGGGAUUAUCUGUUCCAUGGGAUUAGUUGGCAAUAUCCUCAUUGUGUUCACCAUAGUAAGGUCUAGAAAAAAAACCAUUCCAGAUAUCUAUAUCUGCAAUCUGGCUGUAGCAGAUUUGGUUCAUAUCAUUGGCAUGCCCUUUCUCAUUCAUCAGUGGGCCCGUGGAGGAGAGUGGGUGUUUGGCAGCCCUCUGUGUACCAUCAUUACAUCCUUAGACACAUGCAACCAAUUUGCAUGCAGCGCUAUUAUGACGGUCAUGAGUUUGGACAGGUACUUGGCUCUUGUACAACCAUUUCGCCUCACUAGCCUGAGAACAAGAUCCAAGGCUAUUCGAGUUAAUAUAUGCCUGUGGGCAGCUUCCCUGAUCCUGGUGUUUCCUGUGUGGGUCUACUCAAAAGUAAUCAAAUUCAAAGAUGGCUUGGAGAGUUGUGCUUUCGAUCUAACGUCACCUGAUGAUGUACUUUGGUACACGCUUUAUCUGACUAUAACAACUUUCUUUUUUCCAUUACCGCUGAUAUUCAUUUGCUAUAUAUUGAUUUUAUGUUACACAUGGGAGAUGUAUCAGCAAAACAAGAAAGCAGGAUGUUACAAUACCAGUAUCCCAAGACGAAGGGUCAUGAGACUGACCAAGAUGGUGCUGGUGCUGGUCGGUGUAUUUGUUGUAAGUGCUGCCCCAUACCAUGUGAUACAGCUCGUGAAUCUUCAGAUUUCUCAGCCAUCACUGGCAUUCUAUGUGAGCUAUUACUUCUCCAUCUGCCUCAGCUACGCCAGCAGCGGCAUUAACCCUUUCCUUUACAUACUACUUAGCGGGAACUUUCGGAAGCGUCUGCCUCGGUGCACCAAUGUCAAGCUCAAGAUGACAGAACGUGAAGUUAACAAUAUUGAAAACACACUGAGGUCAAGCUUUUAAAAGGAGGGGCUAUUCAAUGAGAGUAAUGUAUUACAUAUAGGUCUAUUUUUAUGGUUAAACUGACUUGGCCUCAUUCCCUUCUCACUUAUACUACUGUAACUCAGGAGUGACUUCAUCAUUGUCAAUGGACUUACAUCAGUGUAAAGCUAGGGGGAGAGAGGAAUCAGGCCCACUAUUUGGAAAUUAGGGUACGUGGUGGAAGGAUGCUGUUCAAAAGUAUUCUUUGUUAUUGUCCAGUUGUCUCCUUAAUGGUGAAUACUACAAGCAUAAAGACCAAAGUGAGCUUCUAAAAAUGUGCAGUUCACUGGCAGUUACAGGAUAAAAGGACUGUCUGUGGCUGGUAUGUUCAGACAAGUAUUCAAGAACUGACAUUGCUAUGACCGACUAACCCAUCAUGUCCAUGACAUUAUGUGCGAUGUCAUGCACGUGAUGGGUCAGUUACUUAUAACAAGCCAAAAAGUACUAACUUCCAACCCGUCUGAAAGCAGCACUAGCAGCUAUUGCUUUUCGACAAUCAUCUCCCCUUGGGUGCCCACUCCUGCAGCUAUUAAGAGACAGGGGAGAGACAAAGCAGAAGGAACUUGGAGAGG